AUGUCAGAGUACUUUCAGCGGUUUUUCAAGUACAUUGUCGAUCCGGAAAAACGAACAUUGGUACGUUUGCGUAAUUCAAUUGUUCGUGUUCAUAAGCUUCCGGACAGUCUAAACCAUCAAUACAACCACCUUACACCUGUUGAGUGCACCCUAACCACUAGAGAAGGUCGGAGGUAUAUCGUGACACUGAGAGGCAAUCAUUUUCGGGAUGGUGAGACUUUGUGCAUGGUGAGGACAUUAUGCCGAUUCCUAUUAAUUUUUGAUUAUAUUCUUACCGACCCCACCGACAAUUUCAGAGCAAUUUUGGAGUUUGAGGGGUGUACAUAUGAAUUACAAAUUGUUCAAGGCCAUGGAAAAAUUUUGAUGCAAAAUUGGGAUGCCGAGGACUUUGUGGAAGCUACGCAAAUGGUUGAAGGCGAUACAUGGCAAUUCACAUUAACUCCGUAUUUUUGUGUGCGUUUCGAGGUUGGUCAAAAAGGUGUAGAAGAGGGAGAAAGUGGAAAGGUGGUGUUUUUGGCGGGAGGAUUAAAACAUCAGGGGAGUUUUCUUUGGGAUGACGAGAGUAAUUGCUAUUUUUCUUCAAGGGGAAGUGCUCAAACAUAUUGUAAUACGCAAUCAAAUGCAGAAGGUAGCAGUCGUACGACUCGAGGGUCCAACUACUCAACCACGUCACAUGCGCCAACGAACAAUGACCCACAUUCAGUGUUUGAAAUUGUGACCCAAGAUAUCGUUAGAGAUUACCCAUUGGGUGUUUUCGACAUACACGCAAAGACCGUCUAUCUUGACGAGGACGAUCGUGAGGAAGCAUUUGAGUUUUGGCCAUUAGCAAACCAUUAUUAUAGCAACAAUCCUGAGCCUUUAUGGGAAACCUUGAAGAUAAUUUUCGAACCACUAGGCCUUAACCCAUAUCCUGGUGAAAUGCGGGCGAGAGGUGAACGUAACCAUCGCAAACUUGACCAAGUUGUUCGCGACUACUGGGCCGAAGAAAGACGUAUGGCAGCAUAAAAAAGAAGGAAAGGAAAUUGAGAUUGUUGUCGCGUAUGCACUUUUCAGAUAAAUGAUUUUUCUUUCAUUUCAGAACAAUUUUUUGUAAUCUACAUUGGUGUUUCUAC